GGAAUUGACAAUUUGAAUGUACGUCAAUCGGCGGCUUUGUUCAUAUACAACAUUAAAAGUUAUAUUAAAUAUUCGUGUGUUAAAUUGGUGUCUGAUAUUAUUAUUUCUUUUUUUUCACGUGAUACGUGUGGGCAGUUAAGCGCAAGCUAAAUUCAUAAUAAUAAUACGAGUCGCAUAAAUCGCGGGUGAACUUAGUAGGCCACAGAAUGAGGCGAAUGUGACCGUGACCCUGAAAACCCUUUGUGCUCCUGCUGACCCUAAUCGACUUAGUCAGCCCAUAGUCAGUGAUUGCAGCAUUGACUGCAUUGACAACAUUGACACGCAACUAGCAAUUCGGAAAAUGCUGACAGCACCCACAGCAAAUUCAAUUGCCCUGCUCGCCCUGCUCGCCGGCUGCCUGAUGAUGAUGCAGUGCAGCUGCAGUAGCAUCAGCAGCAGCAGCAUCGGCAGCGGCAGCAGUAGCAGCAGAGCGCUGUCAGCUUUGUCGGGGAAUGCGGUUAACGGUGGCAACUCGAAUGGAUUACAAUGCCAGCGGAUCGCAGUCUCCGCCUGCCAGGGACUUGGCUACAAUAUGACUGCGCUGCCCAAUCUAGCUGGUCACACCAUUCAGCUGGAGGCUGAAUUGCAGAUUGCAAAACUGUUGCCACUGAUCGAGUCGGGCUGCUCGAGGCGAGCACGUUUCCUGCUCUGCUCGGCGCUGUUUCCGCUCUGCAGUCCGGAUGUGCCGCGACCGGUGACCGCCUGCAAGUCCCUCUGCGAGACGGUGCAGGGGGAGUGUGCGGUAAAUGCGGCGCCUGAAUUAAUGCAGCUGUGGCCGCCGUUUCUCAGCUGUGAAUCGCUGCCGCAGCCGGAGAAUCAUGAGCUGUGCAUGCAGAUACCACAGGAGGCGACGGCGACGGAGGCAGCAGAGAACACAGCCGCAGCAGCAGCAGCAGCCGAGGGAGGCAGCUCUCAGCAGCCAUCAACAGCAGAGGCUACGGCAGGAGCCGGAACCGGAGCCGGAGCAGGAGCAGCAGAGCCGCCGCAGCAGCAACAAAUGUAUUGGUCCUGGAUGGCCAGGAAGAUGUCCUCGCAGAUGGGCAAAUCCUCGGAGAGCGCUGCAGCCGCUGCCGCUGCUGGUGGUGGAGGUGUUGGUGCUGCUGCCGGCCUGGGCAUCGGUGGACACAUCUGUCCGCAGAACUUUAGUGCAAGUCCACUGAAUGCCGAGGACUGUUUGCCACAGUGCCAGCGCGAUGCAUUCCACACGACGCAGCAGAAGAAGCUGACGGAGAGCCUGAUCCUGGGCAUGUCGGCCGUCUGCUUUGUGCUCACACUCUUCGCCCUGGUCACCUUCUGGGCGGAGCCGACACGUUUCGGCUAUCCGGAGCGGCCCGUGCUCUUCCUGUGCCUGUGCUAUAAUCUGUUUAGCGUUUGCUAUUUGGAGCGCAUCGUCUUCCAUCAGGCGCGCAGUUUGGCGCUGCUGCAGGAGCCGGGUCGUGGCGUGGGUCGGCUUGGAGCCGCAUGCUCAUUGACGCCACCCUGUUUGGCCUCCUACAUAAGCACAUCGUAUUUGAGCUUGUGCGCGGCCAGCUGGUGGCUAAUCUUUGCCCUCUGCUUCUAUCUGUCCUCGCACAAGAAAUGGUCGAGUGAGGCGCUGGAGAAACGCUCCGGUUUGUUUCAUGUGCUGGCUUGGGUGCCACCGCUGGCGCCGCCCAUUGCCGCCCUGCUGCUGGAGCGUGUGCGUCCCAGCGAGCUGACCGGCAUGUGCACAGCGACCGGAUUUGUUGAGCUGCCAGCGCUGGCCCUGCUGCUGCUGGGCCUGUAUUUUACGCUGCGUGCCUCACGCUCGUUGCACACGUUGCAGCAACAGUUGCAGCCAACGUUGGCGCAUCAGCGUUUCGCCCAGAUACGGAAGCGAUUCGUUGUCUUCUCGCUGCUGUUCUUUGUGCCGACGGCGUCUGGUGUGUUGGCCGCCUUCUUUGAGCGUUUCGUCGAUGUGGUGAGCAGUUGCUCCACGCUUGAGGAUUGCCCCCAGCCGGCACAAUUGAGCGCCUGGCCGGCCCUGGUGCGGAUCUUCUUUCAAUUGGCGGGCGGCACACUGACCGGCAUGUGGGUGUGGUCGCGCAAAACGUGUGAGAGCUAUCGCAGUCGUUUGGUUGCUGGCACGCCCAGCUCAUCCCUGAUGAUGCCCCAUAAAUCGGCAACAGUUGGUGCCGCAACUGGUGGUGGCGGUGGUGUCGGAGCAGUUGUCGUCGUUGGAUCGGCUGCUGCCCUGCCGCCCAAGAAGCAUCUGUACGCGAGUGGCAAGUCAAUGCUAGCUGCUGGCCCACAUGCCACAGCGCCACUCUACGCCGGCAUCAGUUUUCACAAUGUGCCCGUCUACAAUCCGAAUCAGUCGCGGGUUUAAACAUCGACUCAGCUCCCCGCCGGAUCUCAGCCUUGUUUUGCGUACAGGGUAUUCGCUGGCCGGUACAACAACAAAACCAACCAUAUGCAUAUGCAUAUGUAUAUAUAUAU